CACCGCCUUCUUUUUGCUCUCUUCUUCUUCGUCUUCUUCUUCUUGUUCUGCUUCUUCUUCUCUCCAUCUCCCGUUUCAAGUCAUUUAAACGGGGGAGAGAAACAUAGAUCGAUCCACUCUAAACGGCGUCGUUAUAUAUUGAAACUGUGUCGUUUUCAAAUCUGUGAGGCGGUGUCGUUUUGGGUCUGGUCGUGGUGAGAUCCGAUGGCGAGAGCCAGAUCGUCGGCGAGCAGAUGGAGGUAUUGCAAUCCCUCGUACUAUCUGAAGCGGCCGAAGCGUCUGGCCCUUCUGUUCAUCGCCUUCGUCUGCGUCAGUUUCUUGGUCUGGGAUCGUCAGACUCUGGUCAGAGAACAGGAGAUUGAGGUUGCCAGCCUAAAAGCAGAAUUGACCCAUUUGCAAGAUUUGCUGGAUGAAUUGAAGAGUAUUGGAGGAAAUGCUGGUGUCAGUGGCAGAAAUGGUAAAUCCUCCAAGAAAAGUACUGUUCCAGAUGACCCCAUAGACAUUCAGCGAAGAGAGAAAGUAAAAGAUGCUAUGCUUCAUGCAUGGAGUUCAUAUGAGAAGUAUGCGUGGGGACAAGAUGAACUUCAGCCACAAUCCAAGAAUGGUGUCAAUAGUUUUGGAGGUCUUGGAGCAACAUUAAUAGAUUCUCUUGAUACAUUAUAUAUAAUGGGACUAGAUGAGCAGUUCCAAAGAGCUAGAGAGUGGGUUGCAAACUCAUUGGAUUUCAACAAGAAUUAUGAGGCUAGUGUUUUUGAGACGACCAUAAGAGUUGUGGGUGGACUACUUAGUGCAUAUGAUCUCUCAGAGGACAAACUUUUCCUUGAAAAAGCUAGAGAUAUUGCAGAUAGGUUGCUGCCUGCCUGGAAUACGCCUUCUGGGAUACCCUAUAACAUUAUUAACUUGGCACAUGGAAAUGCACAUAACCCUGGAUGGACUGGAGGUGACAGUAUCCUAGCAGAUUCCGGCACAGAGCAGCUGGAGUUUAUUGCCCUUUCUCAAAGGACUGGUGAUCCAAAGUAUCAGAAAAAGGUUGAGAAUGUUAUCAUUGAGCUUAAUAAAACAUUUCCUGCUGAUGGUUUACUUCCCAUAUAUAUUAAUCCUCAUAGAGGAACAUCAUCUUACUCGACCAUAACCUUUGGAGCCAUGGGUGACAGCUUUUAUGAAUAUUUACUCAAAGUUUGGAUACAAGGAAAUAAAACUGCUGCUGUGAAGCAUUAUAGAGAAAUGUGGGAGACAUCUAUGAAAGGUCUGUUAAGCUUGGUCCGAAGAACAACACCAUCAUCUUUCACAUAUAUAUGUGAGAAAAAUGGGGAUUCUCUGCAUGACAAGAUGGAUGAAUUAGCAUGCUUUGCCCCAGGAAUGAUUGCUUUAGGAUCACUUGGUUAUGGUCCUGAAGAAUCUCAGAAAUUCCUAUCCCUUGCCGAAGAGCUUGCCUGGACAUGCUAUAAUUUCUACCAGUCAACACCAACAAAAUUGGCUGGAGAGAACUAUUUCUUCCACUCUGGGCAGGAUAUGAGUGUGGGUACAUCAUGGAACAUAUUGAGGCCCGAGACGGUUGAAUCACUGUUUUACCUCUGGCGUUUAACUGGCAACAAGACAUACCAAGAGUGGGGUUGGAACAUAUUUCAAGCAUUUGAAAAGAACUCCCGCAUAGAGUCAGGAUACGUUGGACUGAAGGAUGUAAAUAGCGGCGUCAAAGACAAUAUGAUGCAAAGCUUCUUCCUUGCUGAGACACUCGAAUAUCUCUAUCUUCUUUUCUCACCUUCGUCAGUCAUUUCAUUAGAUGAGUGGGUUUUCAACACCGAAGCCCACCCAAUAAGAAUCAUGACUCGUCAUGACAAUGGAGAGAACCUUGGAGGAUCAGAUGGACAACAGAAACAAUUCUAUAGGUUGCGUGGCCGGAAGGAAGGUCGGCGAGUUGAUGAUUAGGAUUCUUUUCCUCUUUUAGAAAUUUUUUGGCGGAGCCACUUUCCAAAUUUUCAGGCUCUAAUUAGCUGAAGAGUCAAGGAGUUCAAUACCAUAGCUUUUGAAAAUCAACCAAGGGCCUCCUACAUUCGGCUCAAUAAUGUUGGCCCUAGUUCCACUCAAUCUGGGCUUGUGAGGAAUGUUGUAUUCUAGUAAAGCUACAGUGCCCUUUAUUAUGAAAGCCAUCGGUAUGUAACAUAGGGUAUAGACUAUUUUGCUUAGUUUUAUUAUUUGAAGGGGUUUAUUCGGAUGAGUUCUACAAUUUCAUCUGAUUUUCUGAUACCGUGUGUAAUUCUCAUGCUUUUGGGCGGUUAUUAAAGGGUUUAUUACUCUUUUAACGCAUUAGGAUUCAGUCGUUAAAGCUCAUAUAGGAGCAUGCUCAGACGGGCUAGAUAUUGUAAUUGAAGAAGGCUUGGCUUGAACCGUGUAUGCUCUCUUGUACUCCUUGUUUCUUCGCAAUUAAAUGAUAGUUUUCUUUGCCUGCCUUGGCAUUUA